AUGACAAAAACAUCCAUACAGCACCUCUCUUCCACCUCCAGGCUCUCAUGGACUUGCUGCCAGUGCCGAUCCCAAUCAGCCUCACUGCGGCCUCAAUGGCGACAAUCUCAGGCAUUCUCGACGACUACACGCUCUGAAGCCAAUACUAGUAUCCAAGCAGAGGACGAGAUUCGCGCCGCCCCUGAAAUCGACUUUGACAAGCCCGACCUUCCCAAGCAAGUUCCUGCUCGCAUCAUACCAUCGUCCCCGUCCUACUUCACUGGAUCUCCUCAGCUCAAUGACAAUAUCCUUUUACUGCAAUCUUUGGUCGAGAAAUACGCCCACGUACCCACGGUCACCUCGGAGCACACACCUAGAGCAUAUUGGAAGUCGUUGGGCCAGUAUCGUUCCUCACAUGGAGAAAGAGUAUCUGCUUCCAGCUAUUCCAAGAUUCUCCAACUCUUAAAUCAGUUGAAUAGAAUUCACCCAUCAUUUUGUCCCAAGGAAGUCUCCACGAUCAUGGAAAGCUUCCACCGUCCCGGAAUCGACAGGGUGUCGGAAGCGAAACCUGGAAAGAUUGAUCAGAGCGGCAGAUCUCUAGGAGUUGGCCGGAGGAAGGAGGCCACGGCCAGGGUGUGGUUAGUAGAGGGUACUGGCGAAGUCUUGGUCAAUGGCAAAACCAUCGCCCAUGCUCUUCCUCGGCUCCAUGAUCGAGAGAGUGCUCUGUGGGCUCUCACCAUUACGGAGAGAGUGGACAAGUACAACGUGUUUGCCCUGGUUGAGGGUGGAGGCACAACCGGACAAGCAGAAUCCAUCACUUUAGCAUUGGCCAAGGCAUUGUUGGUACACGAGCCAGCCCUUAAACCGGCGCUGCGACGAGCUGGUUGUGUCACUUCGGAUGCGAGACGUGUUGAACGAAAGAAGCCCGGACAUGUCAAGGCACGAAAAAUGCCUACCUGGGUCAAGCGAUGA